AUGAGCGAGAUCGAGCCAGUCUCGGAUCGACAAGAGCCACCACCACCACCGACGACGAAUGGAGACACGAGCGCGACUCAAGACGACCAGAAGCCACAAACGGAGCAGAAUAGGCUAUCGAGUCCACCAAACGCAAACGGACCGGCGUCUACGCGCUCGAGCGCACCCUCAACGCCAGGCGCGACGCAUAGUGCGCCUACGCAAGUCAAGAGGUUCAGUUCAGCCAACAUAAAUCAGAAAUUCUUACAAAAAGUCUCAUCGGCACAUUCGUCCACUCCUUCCUCCCCCGCACAACCGACUACCUCCCCCGCGCAGACGACCAGCACCUCCACACCGGCCGCUGGGAGCCCCCAUGCGGCGUCCCCUGGGGCAAAAUGGCAAAAGGAUACAUCUGGACAGACGAUAAAGCCAUCUGUGACUGGUGCAGAUGCCUCGGCUGCGAAAUUGGGCCUACCUUCAUCCAAAGGUGCGCCGAUCACAAAGAAUCGUGCGCAAAACGGUCAACCGGGUCCUGCGUGGACGUCGUUAACGGGCACUGCAAAAACCAAUCCUCGUACGCAAAACGAGUUUCCAACUGCUGCCGAACUCAAGGUUGAACCAGACAAGGCCGAAAAGGCGGCUGCAAAUUCGGCUGCGCAGCGUCGCUCGCUCGAUGCCUUUCGAGGAGUUCAUUUGGAUCCAAAUGCACAGCAUUGGGACGAAACAAGAUCUCCGCAGAUGACAGAAGAGGAAGAUUUCCUGAGCGGCGUCAUCGAAUUUGGCGAUGGAAAGCAGUAUACGGUUGCACCAACUACAGAAACACAGCCAGAAACGAAGGAAAACAACGGUUUGGAUGGAAACGUCCCUCGUGAGCCGUCUGUAAAACCUCCCGAGGCCACAACUGUGCAUCCAGAUCGUUCCAUGCACGAUCUGCCUCCCACGAGACCAUCGCCUACUCUGUUACAUGCGACUCCUUUUGGACGAGGCGGACCAGUGAGAAGAGGCUCAGAUACUCGACCCUUUCGAGACGGUCCCGCAUGGGGCUCACAACGAAACUCGUAUAUUGAGCCUUCGGAGCGAGAUCGAGACUCUCGAGGACGCCGACCAAGUGCGUCCGAGAGGGAUCGGUUACCUAUCAGCCCCGGUGCGCUAGGACCACAUUUGAGGGACCGAUCGCCCGACGGAUCGGGUCGCUUCCCUGGGCGAACGAUUGUACCCAACAGGAGAGAUUCGCAAGCGUCAUCUGCCGUUGCUGGGCCGCCUCGGUCCGCACGAGCGCAUUCCAAAGAGUCGACCGACCGUGGUAAUAGUGCACGGCAGCUCCCACCGCAUCUGGAGCAAGUCAAGGAUGUUCCAUCACACGUGUCUUCUACAUCGUCGAGAGAUCAUUGGCGUGAGUCGUCGACCAAUGCCCGAUCUGGACUCAAUGCGAUCCAUGAUUCUCAACCACCGCUGGCUCCAGUCACCGGCGACAAAGACGUGGCAUCUGCUCUCAUCGAAGAUGAAGAGGCAUUAAAGACCUCCAUGGCUGUCGCGGCCGAGCGAGCGAGAAAGCGGCGGCAGGAAGAGGAAGAGGAGCGAGAAAGGCAGCGAGAACGAGCCAAGCAAAAGUUAUUGGAACUAGAGGCAAGGAUCCAGGCGGAGAAAGAGGAAAAGGAACGCAAGGUCAAAGAAGAGGAGGAGCGACUCAAGCGGGAAAAGGAGGAAAAGGAAAAGAGAGAACGCGAGGAGGUCGAACGCGAAAAGGAGAGGACCCGUGAGCAACUCGCAAAGGAGCGUGUGUCACAGACGAAACCUUCUCGACCACUCCCACCGUCGGAACGAGCAGACUCUUGGCGGUCCUCUGCCCCUAGGUUCCUCAGCACGACCGAACCGUCACAAAAGUCGGUAAAAGAUGUCAAUGAACCAAGGCGACCACCCACCAUCCUCCAAAAGACAAGACCAUUGGAGCAGCCGACCACAUCUGGUGCAAAGGAGAGACCCGGGUUAGAUUUAUCCGGAAAGCCUGCAAGUUCGGCAACGAUUCCAGAACUCGCUGCACUUCAAUCUCCAGACUCAGAUGGUCCUGUCGAGGUGCUCGAUUUUGCGGAUCUGCGUCAGCUCGCUGAAGGGUAUCACGGCAGCCUUUCGGUGAACACUCUUCCCAUCAACGGGGUAGAAAGCUCACCCUCUUCUCCGCUGGUCAAUCUACGGUCCACAACGGAAUCGCAUGGCGGGGCCCAGGCUGACGAUAUUCAUUCGCGAUCUCUCAAAUCGGCACGUGCGCAACCUCCAGCGCCUCUAGUGCUAGGUCCUCGAGGCUCUCAUGACACUGGUCAUCCAAAUUCUGCGGCCCUGACACCUAUUUCCGUUCUGGAUGAUACUAUGUCAAGAUUCAAGACUGCCCUGAUGCACAGUAACCCGGUUCAUGCGGGCAUGUCAAGUGACGCUAUCAUGCUAGGACUCGAACGCGCAGAAGCUGAGGAGCUCAUCAGAGUAAAAAAUGCCAAAGUUCUCGCAGAGCAUGCGGCAAUAACCGGUCAGGCUACGUGGUGCCAAACUCAAGAGCAAGAACCUGAAGAGGAGGACGAGGGAUUAAACGUCUUGAUCCCGACACUGUCUCUUAACCGCGAGCCAGUCCCUGCCAGGCAGUUGGCCUUGAUAAAGUACACACCGCCGUGGCGCUGGGACUGCUUGUCUUUCGAACCGCCGGUUCCGUACAUGAACAAACGAACCUUGUCUGUUUUCGAUGUCCUAACGGAAGGAACGAAGAACCAAACCUCUAUUCGGAUCCAAAUCCCAGGAAUGGCGCCAAAGGAGGUUGCUUAUCAUGCACGUCCGACUCGAGCAGUACCUACAGAGCGACCCCGGCGUCUCGAGAGACCAGAAAUCCGGCCUACAAAUCCUCCGGCUGUAGUAAAUAGCACUCCUGCGGUGCCCAAAUCUGCGCCUUUAAAUUCCCAAUGGCCCCCCAAGAGCAACAAGGGUUCUGAUGAAGCGGUAUGGCGACGAGCGAUUCCAGUUACUUCCGCCGAGAACGAACAACCUUCAGCCGCCGAGCCGACUAAUCCACCGACGCCAAAAUCCGCGCCACUGCAGAAGCAUAAUCGAGCCUUUUCGUCGCCUCUGGGUACGCCAUCCAUGUCCAGUACCUGGGGCCGCUCUCCGUUGAGCCUACCAGUGACAGAAGAAGUACCUGACGAUCCCUCGCUCAAAGCAGCAUGGAAUAAGGCCUCCCAAGGCAUGGAAGCGGCUACGACGAAGAACUCACUCAUGGACAUUGCGGAUGAACCACCACCGCAUAUACCGACGUCCAUUAGCGAGCUGCGGUCUGAGGAUGGAGAUAGGUCAAAAGCGCCAGAGAGGCGAGCAACACCGCCGCAGAGGGCCAAGUACGAUCCUCAUCGUGCGUUCCAGCAGGUGACCCCUCAGUCGACUUUGCCCCCUCAAACGGCGAGCCCAGCCGCUCCCCCCCUCACGACGAAUAAGACUCCGGGUCACACUCCUCCUGGAUCCGUUCCACCGCCUGCCGGGCCCACGAUGAUGCCUAGCAGACCGCCUUUCCCUGCUACAUAUUCGUCGCCACUGCUUCCUAACGCGACGCCAUUCAAUCAGAGCAUGGUGGCUACGCCACAAUAUGCUCCUCCAGCAUCGAUGGCCCCGCCGCUUACUCCAGGGAUGAUCCAUCGUGGUGUGAAUCAACCAAUGCAGAUGCCGUCUACUCCGUCAAUGACGCCAAUGUGGGCACCACAAACGCCAGGUUCUACGGGUCCAAUUCACGGUGGCUAUAUGCGACCGCAAAUGCCUCCAGUCUCUGCGUAUCAAAACAAUAUGAUGCCACAGCAGCAGCAGCAGCCGUCUCAACCGCCUCUGCAGUUGUACAUGCCUCAAUCUGGGAUGCUUCCUCCUAGUCCUGGCGUCUCGCCCUUGAUGCCCCCGGGCAUGAGCAAACCAUUCCCUCCUGGACCACGAACAUCAAUAGGGAGCAAUGGACCGAUGCCCAUGUCCAUGGGUUAUCCUUCACCCCAGAGUCAAGGUCCAUAUAUGAUGAGUAGCCCUAUGCUGCCACCCCUCCCACAGCAGGCGCAACAACAGCCGCUUCCACACGCACGGAUUCCUCAAAUGCCCCAAGGUCGCGGUAUGCCGAUGCAGGCGUCUCCAUACCAACAGAUACCGCCAGGCGCACCAGGCGCAUACCCUCACCCGUGGUAA